UUUCUCUAAUUCUUUCCCUGUGUACAUUGAAUUCAAUCUACACAACGGAACCUGUAUAAAAAGAUUGAUAAUGCAUGCCCGUUUGAUACUAAGAUACUCAGUGGACAUGAAUUGUUGAUGUUUAGACGUUAAUAGAAAUGCUAUCCUACGGUUGGUUAUUUUGAUUUAAUAGCUGAUAGUGUCUUUUAGUAUUUAUGACGUGGUUGGAGAACCCAUUUUGAGUUAUUUCCCUUAGAAAUUAGAAGAUGUGAAUUAAAUUGGAAGUUCGCAUGUAGAGUGCCGACCUUAGACUGGCAAGUGAAUAAUAGGAAUGGUGCCCAAUGUUCUAGGUGUUAUGGCUUGGUUGUAAUUCAUCAAUUUCACUGCUGGUGAUCCGUUCUGACACAGAAUCUGAGUCUGGGUUUUAGAAAUUGAUUGAGUAGAAGUUUUGUCUGUGAUGGUUUGAUGAUAUAAAUGGUUUAUAAUUAGCUCGGGCUUUGGAAUGCGGAUUUAGCGAGAUAAGUGAAUCUCGCGAUGUUCAUAAUUUUGAUGGAUUGCAAUCGCAAUCGGCCUAAUUCUGUUAGAUGGAGGGUACCAUUGCUGAAGAACUUUAUUCCGAGAGUUUGCAGUCAACAAAAUCAAAAUUGGCUGACAUAUCAUUAUCUGAUUACAGACAAAAUCGGCCAUCAGGUUCUGCUGUGAAUGACUCGUGUGAAGAUGAUGGAUCUUUAUGGGGUGGUUCGGAUGAAUGCUUGGAGGAAACAUCUGAUCUGGAUAGGGAGUGGCAUAGAAGACACGACCAAUUUCAUACGAUUGGAUACCGUGAUGGUUUAAUUGCUGGGAAAGAAGCUGCAUCUCAAGAGGGAUUUAAUGUUGGCUUCAAGCAGUCAGUCUCUAUCGGAUAUAAGUUGGGUCUUGUCAGAGGUGUUAGCAGUGUGCUUGCUUCCCUUCCUGAUGACUUGAAAGAGAAGCUAGUAGGGAUUGAAGAAUACAGAAGUAAAUUCCAAAGCUUGUAUGAAUCUGUGAACUCUCUUUCGACAGCAGAUGCACUUAGGCUAUUCCACGACGAUAUUAUGGCACAACACACGAAAGAAGAAUGCGUCGAUGCAAAUACGAGUUCCCAAACAAUAGAUUUGUUGAAGCAAAAUUCAGAUUACGGUCGUCUAGGACAGUUCUAUGGAGAGCUUCAAGCACUGUUACCCAAAUCACCUGCUCUGAAUCUUCAUUUACAUGAAGAACAGUAGCUUCAAUGCAACUUUUGUAGGUUCAGCAUUUGUUAUGUUGAAAUUUUGGGUAUUGAUCUCUUCUGUCAGUUAUGUAUAAUAUUUACAUUUGGGAAUUUCUAUAUUCUCCUUUAAUCCCGAACCAACCAACUCAAAGGAAAGUUUUGAAAUCGAUA